CGACGCGUGCGCAGGACAGCCUCCAUCCGUCGAUCUGUGACACGCUGACGUGAGAUGAACUAUCAAACGUUUUGGGUUUCGAGAUUGCUGUGCCUUCUAACUUUCUAUAAAAAUGCGGUGGCGGCGGGAAGACUUAAAUAUAAACAUGGCUUCAAAAACACUGAUCUUUUUCACAAUACUGACUUUAAGUUCACUGCAGACUUGCGACGGGGUGCGAAGAGGGCAACGGAGACGAGACAUAGCUCCAGACUUGUUCAUACCAGUGCCCAGCGCGGAAUCUUUGACGGCAAUCGCUCAAGCCAUGGGCGCGGCGGGCUUCGAAGACUACACGGAAGGCAAGAAGACCCUGGUGAAGCGACUCAUACCCCACAGCCAACCCGACCUGGACAUCGUGGAGCAUUUAGGUGUGAUCGGCAAGGCGAACGUGGACUUCCCAGCGCUGCCCAACAUCCCCAGCACGGGGUUCAACUGCAAGAACGUGCCCACUGGAUACUACGCCGACCUGGAGACGGAUUGUCAGGUGUUCCACAUCUGCGAUACGUCCCGCAAGAUAUCGUUCCUGUGUCCAAACGGCACCAUCUUCAGCCAGUCGCACCUGAUAUGUGACUGGUGGUUCAAGGUGGACUGCGCAUCCGCCCCCGCGCUCUACGAGUCCAGUGUGGAGUACUACUCCAACGAGCAGAAGAAAGCCCAGAGGAUCAGCAACUUCAAGAACCCUGAGUUCCAAGACUCGAAUGUACGAGCGGAAUCGAAAAGAACACCCGUAGCAGUUCCCAGUACAACAGAAAGGCUUUUGAGGCAUCGUCAAAAACUGCAAAGUGAACCUAUCCCUCCCAACGCACAAGCCACAGCGAGGAGCUAUCAAACUCUGUUCGACAUAAGCACUACACAAAGAACAGCAGCUGCAUUCGAGAAAAGGAGGAAGAAUUUAGUUCAACUCAUUGCUAAUAACUUCGGUAAUCCUCCAUCAAGAACAACACAACCCGACUACGACAGUUCCACGCAUAAAAGCACCAUACCAGCAUACGAUCACAACAGUCUGAAAGAAAUGCAGGAAGCAGCAGAAACGGCUUCCUUUGCCCAAAACCAAAACAGGCAAUACUUACAAGAGUAUAACAACAAAAACUUUAGACCAUACCCCGUUUACACGCCCAAUGUAGCAGCUAAUCCACCUAAAGCAAAAAGCAGUCCAACACUGACAACUCUAUACGAUAUCCAGGCUAAACAUGUUCCUCAAUACGUCGAGGAAGCGACCACAAAACGACAGACCUUAGUACCAUAUACAAAAAGCUACGCUACCACAAUAAAUGAAAGACGCGAACCUUACACAAGACCAGGGGUAUCUCUCCUUAGAGAUUUUCUUGAAAAAGAGAAAAACAAAUCAAUAUCAGCUACAACGGAAAAGUUCGCUGAAGUGUCCGCUCGAAGUGAUAAAUUCGAGAGCAAAAUAAAUUCAGAAAAUAAAAUUGCUGUGGAAACCAAAGAUAGUUUUGAAUCCGUAACAAAAAUUCCACAAACCACUAGAGACGAGAAGAUAACAGUAUACAUUAAUGACGACGUGUACACUAACUCCAAUCCAACAACAGAUACAACUGAAAAGUCUUAUCAAGAGCGUCGUGACAGAUUACAGAGAAAAUUAUCCACAGAUAUAAAGGAUACAAGUGAGCCUACUACAGAAACAACACGCAUUGAAAAAUAUUAUGGGGAUCAAACUAACAGACUUGGCCUAAUCGUACCACCAUCGAUAUCACCAAAAACACUUCAUUCUCUGGCUAUUUACUACGCCACUGCAUUAGACAAUUUGUCAACGACCCCACCACCAGAAGACGAUGAAACUACAACGCCUGCUUUAGACGCGUACGAGCCAAUCGAACAAACUUUACCAGACUUAUUCAGUCGCCAUACCAUUGCAAAGUAUAGCAAUCUUUUUGGACGUGAUGCUGACAAGGCUGAACAACUAGAAGAUAUCAAACUCGACCCAAAUAGUACAUACAAUGAACUGGCAGAAGAUUUAAUAGUAGAGAUGAGCCAAGGUCCUUUAGCAUCAUCUCCCCAAAUAAGAGAAUUAGCUCAAGUAUUUACACACGCUCUUUCGGCCUACCUUCAAGAUCCAGUUCAGUUUAGAAAAGUGCUUUCAGAUAUUAGACCGACUCAUCCAUCGUUUGGUGAAAUGUUGACUGGUAAUGACGAGGCCCCUAAUACUGAGCCAACAACAACUGUCAAUGAGGAUGACGACGAAAUAUUAGGAUUCUCAGAUGAUCACAAAGAAAAAGGUCAUACAUUUUCAGACAAUUCUAUAAGAGGCGGUAAAGCUUUGAACAUUGGUACUGAUUAUCCGACUACGGUACAAGAUGUAACUACCUCUACAACUACAACAGAAGUGCCGUCUACUUCAUAUUACUCGACCACACGUAGAAAUCCAUUCAGAUGUUGUGGAAGAAUCUCAGCUUCUUACACCACAUCUCCAACAACUAGAAAUUAUUAUUCCACUGUGAAUGCAAAUACUGCAACUGCAAAACUCAACUUCUUAGCUACAAAUCAAAAUACGAACACACCUACUACAGAUAAUUAUACACCCAUCAGAAAUGAAAGAUUACAGAACACCAAAUUCGUCACACGCUUCGGUAAAUCUAGCAAAGUUUUUGACGUGACACCUUCAACAGAUUAUACAGAAGUAACAACAUUCCCAACCGCUUGGGGUUCAGAAGGCUUCGAUUCAACAUUGGCUCCUAUAACUAACUCGCAUCAAAUGUUCGAAAGUAAAAAGAUUAGACCAACAACUGGUGUUGUAACUGAGACCACACCAGUUUACUUCACUGUAACGGAUAACAUUGACAGUGUUGAGUUGGAGAAUGAAGAGGAACUACAAAGAGCACAUAGUCAGUCCUUUGUGUCACCUCAAGAUAACAGUUUAAGGCAAGGAAAACAACUUAAAGAGGAUAAAAAACCAGUUAAGAAGCCCGCAGAAGAUUUAGAAGCACCAACACAAAGCGACGUCGAUAUCACAACAACUACAGUGCAAACUUCGACGACUCAACCAACGACUACCGUUCGUGACCAAACUGAAGCACUUACUACAGUCACUCCCAUAUCGAGUAGUGUUUUCACUUCUCCAGAUGUAGAAAAGUCAACAAACGAUUUCCAAUGGCCUACAACUUUUGGAAAUUGGCACAGCACAAUCCUGGAUCCUAUAACUUUAAAUGACGGUUUGAGUGUAACGGGACCGGAUCAAGGUGUGUCUGAAAUUGCUCAACAAACCAACGGAUGGGCGUUAGAUACUGCCACAACACCAAUAACUUACUCGACAACGACCGAACCUACCGUUUCUUCCACUACGAAUAUCGAAAUAACGACGACUGAAAAACCAAAUGAGCGAUCCGGUAAACUACUUAGAGAACAAACCUCAACGGAACCCGCCCAAGAUCUAUCAACAGUAACAGAUACUAUAGUAGAAAAGGCAAAGGAAAUAAUGGUAGGUAUGAACGCCUCAACCACACAAAAAUUAAUGAACGUAAUGAAGAAAACGAAAUCAAAAAGCGUGAAACGAUUGAUACUACUUUUAGUACAGACGUGCGACGAUGAUCAUAAUUCCACAGCAGAGGCUUCCAAAAAGGCUUUAUUAGAAGCAUUAAUGGCUGUCUCUCAAAAGGACAUGGAAGAAAUCGCUAAAGAAGAAGAAUCAACGGAGGCUCCAGUCACAAUACCAGAUACAGAAUUUGUUAGGACGACGUUAAUGCAACGAAGAUCUGAUAGAAUACCAAUGCAAAGUAGACGAGGCAAAAGUUUGAAUGUGGACAUUGAAGCUAUCAACUCUCUAUCAAACCCUACGACCACGACUGUUCAACCAACAGCAACCACAGAAAGUCUUAAGACUGAAACUACAGAGUAUACGACAUUUAGCACAGUACGACCAACUACAGUAAGUCGCAGAGGUGGAAGAAGGUUUAUGCCAAAAACCACCGAAGUUGAACUGACCAGCACGACAAUAGCUAAUCAACCAAUCGCAGAAGCAAGACUACCCGCUCAGGCAGACCUGAAACCUCAAUCCGACACCAGAGCAUUAGAGUUAUUAAGAUCUUUAUACACCAUUGCAGCGCGAUGGGGAUAGACUAUUCUUUAACUAUUUAUAAUUAGGGUUCGUUUUAAUUUUAAUUAAGGAGCUUGGGAACAGAAUGGUGUAACUGCACGAAAUAAAAACUAGAGCAGUAAAAAACUGCUGAAAUGUUACUGCAAUUGUACCGUUUUGAUCGAAAUUUAUAAGGACUCAAUUUUAGCAUAGUUUAAGACCAUUUUUCUUUGAAAUGAGUACCUACAGAUUUAUAUUCAGUGAGCCAAAAACAUCCGGAUU